CAUCGUUAGACAUCACAUGCGCGUUCCGAGCGUUUUUUUUUUUCUUUCGAGCAGCUCGUUUUAGGUAUUGAUACGCAGCCUUUCUCCGAUGCAGCAUCCGCCAUAUUGUCUACCAGGAGACGCCGAAAGCAUCUGGAGGGCCAUGAGGAAUGACUUCUAGGAUUGCUGUGUCUCCUGAAUAAGCUCCUGGAUGUCCUCUUUCAUUCAUAUUACAAUCAGCCUAUGCUCCACCAUAAAGUCAUCACAUCUGCCUUCAUCAGCUCCACCUUUCAUCUGCUGCUUGGAGGAACCCUCCAAGGUGUUUCAGGGAAUACCUUGUGUAGAAUAUGUCUGGCCCUGUCCCAAGUCGCUCUCGAGUUUACCCUGAUGUAAACACACAGCGACCCAGAGAGUACUGGGACUAUGAAUCCCAUGUGGUGGACUGGGGAAAUCAAGAUGACUAUCAAUUAGUGCGAAAGCUUGGUCGGGGAAAAUACAGUGAAGUGUUUGAAGCCAUAAACAUCACUAACAAUGAGAAAGUAGUCGUCAAAAUACUCAAGCCAGUGAAAAAGAAGAAAAUUAAACGAGAAAUAAAAAUUCUGGAGAACUUGAGAGGAGGCCCCAACAUAAUAACGCUUUUAGACAUCAUAAAGGAUCCUGUGUCCCGAACACCAGCACUGGUUUUUGAGCAUGUUAACAACACAGACUUCAAGCAACUGUAUCAAACUUUAUCAGACUUUGACAUCCGCUUCUACAUGUAUGAAAUUCUUAAGGCUCUCGACUACUGCCACAGUAUGGGAAUAAUGCACAGAGACGUAAAGCCACACAAUGUCAUGAUUGACCAUGAGCACAGAAAGCUUCGUUUGAUUGAUUGGGGCUUGGCUGAGUUUUACCACCCCAACCAGGAGUACAAUGUACGUGUGGCUUCCCGAUAUUUUAAAGGUCCUGAACUACUUGUGGACUAUCAGAUGUAUGACUACAGUCUGGACAUGUGGAGUCUUGGAUGCAUGCUGGCCAGUAUGAUCUUCAGGAAGGAACCAUUUUUCCAUGGACAUGACAACUAUGACCAGUUGGUUCGGAUUGCAAAGGUUCUGGGUACUGAGGACCUGUAUGAUUACAUUGACAAAUAUAACAUUGAGCUGGACCCACGCUUUAAUGACAUUUUGGGCAGACACUCCCGGAAGAGAUGGGAACGGUUUGUGCACAGUGAGAAUCAGCACCUGGUCAGUACCGAGGCUCUGGAUUUUCUGGACAAGCUGCUACGUUAUGACCACCAGGCCCGACUGACGGCCCGUGAGGCCAUGGACCACCCUUACUUCUAUCCUAUAGUUAAAGACCAAGGCAGAGGAGCGCCAGCUGCAGGAAUGGCUGCUAGUUCCACACCUGUCAGCUCUUCUAGCUUGAUGGCAGGCAUCACCUCUAUGACUCCGAGCACACAGCCCAACAUCGCCAACAUCAGCGCCGGCUCGCCCGUCAUCCCUGCCCCAAACACAAUGGCCACACAAGUGCCCACUGCCGCUGGAGCCCAGCCCUGAACACCACCCGCCCCAACAUCCCCCCUCUUUCUCACAUCCCUCUAUCCGUCUCUCUCCUCUUUGGGCCUGCUUGGAAUUGUGAAUCAGUGGUGAGGGGGUGGGGGGCAUUGAUUUCAUUUGUGGUUAUUUUUAUGAUGUUGCAAAUAACACCGAACUAAUGUUAAGUUACCAUUUUAUUGUUUUUCUCCUGAGGUGUUGUUUAGGGGUUUGUGAACUCAAAGAAACCCAUGAUGUAUUUGCACCUGUCUGUGUGAGUUAGAAAAGCAAACGGGUGUGAACUUUCACUCGCCGUGACUGUUUAGAAACACUUAAAUGUCCACCUGAAGAAGGAUAAUAAAAUUAAUUUUAUAUGUCCCUCUAG